GGAUUCCCCCAUGGGUUUGUACAACCAGACAUAGAAGUUGAUCGUCAAAGACCAUACAUUCAUGUAUAAUUCAGUCAAAGAUGUAUUCAAGUUUUAGAAAAUACCUGAAGACACACCGGCCGAAAUCGGAGACAAGCUCCGGUCAACAUUUUGUUGAGUGCGACAACUGUGAAACGGAAGCUGCGCAGUAUUUUUGCAAAUCAUGUCAAGGUCACCUCUGCGAAAACUGCAAAACGGAGCAUGAAGCAAAAAGGUUAACUCAAGAUCAUGUCGUCGUUUUGUUAUCCAAGUAUAAAUCAGACCCGUUCGUGUGUCAGGAGUCCAAAAAGGGAAAAUGUGCCUGUACAAUCAAGAAAAGUCUCACAAAAGAAAGAGAAGAAAUCAUAACUCAUUGGGUGCCUUUCCUUGAAAAAAUGCAAGAAGAAGAAGAAAUGAAAAAUACAUUGUUAUUUAUGAAAGUUGGUGCUGUCAAAACUGAAAUCGAAGGACAUUUUGACCAAAUUAUUGAAAAAUUUACCAAUCUAAAAGAAGAAACCAUUCGCAUUUUCGAAGAGGAGAAUGAUAAUGCUACAGAUGCCAUUAACAGAACGAUACUUGAAAUAAAAGAGAACACACGUAAAUUGGAGGAUCGAAGGAAUGAAAUAAGUUAUAUCUUAGAUGGAGACGAUGAAGAUGUGAAGAAAAACAUGUGCAUGAAAAUUAAAGAGGAGAAGUUGACUCCAAAACGGUUCUCUUUUGAGGUCGAAGAUUUCUGUCCAGGCAAUUUAGAGAACAACAUUCUGCAGCAGAUUUUUGGGAAGCGACCAGCUAUUUCUAGUCAUGAAACCGGUCCACACAACAGAUUUGUUACCUUGGUCUCAUCGAAGUUAGAAAAAAUCGGAAUUAAAUCGCCAAAAUAGAUACGGGAAAGAAAAACGUGUUUGUAUUUUUUAUUAUUUUUUUUGAUAUGGUGAUUCCCAAAUGUAUUGAUCAUCUGGUAAAUGUUGGCUGUGCCUACACUUCAAAAUAUUUAAUGAUAUAUUGAUUUAAACAACAAUUUUUUAAUAAAUUAUAUUGAAUGGGAUUAGGCAGCAGGCACAGCCUAUUUUAGCCCUCCCCCUGCAUCAAGGUUAAAAUCAACAAAUUGGAAUAUUUAAAUGUUCAAUAUUGAUAACACAAGACAGGCUAUAGAAAAGAUACAAAUCAAGAAAAGAAAAGAAAAAAAUAACAAUAUGGUACCGCUUUUAAUGAUAUAUUGUCAAACUACAUGUAUAUAUGUUUUUUAUGUCAUCAGAAUAUCAAACAAUCUAUUACAUGUAUUACUCUGUCUAUUUUUAAAUUUCGGUUUUUAAGAUUAUUUUUAGCCUUAAAGUUCCAUCGUGCCUGAGGCUAUUUAUAAACUACUUGUAAUCUGAAGAUCACUUCAUCCUUUAUUGAGAGCACUCUUUGUAAUGUUGAACCUCCCUCAUAAAUAUGUACCAUUAAAGAUACCCCCCCCCCCCCCGGCCACUCAGUCAAAACCUUUUAUGCUCGUUUUUAGCUCACCUGAGCUGAAAGCUCAAGUGAGCUAUUCUGAUCACAUUUUGUCUGUCGUCCGUCUGUCUGUCUGUCUGUCCGUCUGUCCGUCUGUCUGUCCGUCUGUCUGUAAACUUUUCACAUUUUCAACAUCUUCUCAAGAACCACUGGGCCAAUUUCAAUAAAACUUGGCACAAAGCAUCCUUAGCCUAGGGGGAUUUAAAGUUGUGAAAAUUAAGGACCACGCCCUUUUGCAAAGGGAGAUAAUUAGGAAUUUGUGAAAAUUUUCGAGAAAUUUUCAAAAAUCUUCUUCUCAUGAACCAUAAGACCAGGAAAGCUGAAACUUGUGUGGAAGCAUCCUCAGGUAAUGUAGAUUCUAAUUUGUGAAAUUCAUGACCCCCGGAGGUAGGGUGGGGCCACAUUGGGGGGUCAAAGUUUUACAUAGGAAUAUACAGAGUAAAUCUUUAAAAAUCUUCUUCUCAUGAACCAUAAAACCAGGAAAGCUGAAACUUGUGUGGAAGCAUCCUCAGGUAGUGUAGAUUCUAAUUUGUGAAAUUCAUGACCCCCGGGGGUAGGUGGGGCCACAAUUGGGGGUCGAAAUUUAACAUAGGAAUAUAUAGAGUAAAUCUUUAAAAAUCUCCUUCUCAUGAACCAUAAAACCAGGAAAGCUGAAACUUGUGUGGAAGCAUCCUCAGGUAGUGUAGAUUCAUAGUUGUGAAAAUCAUAACCCCCGAGGGUAGGCUGGGGCCUUAUUGGUUGGUUGAAGUUAUACAUAGGAAUAUAUAGAGUACAUCUUUAAAAAUCUUCUUCUCAGAAACUAAUCAGCCAGGUAAGCUGAAACUUAUGUGGAAGCGUCCUCAGGUAGUGU